AUGAAGACCAUUCUCAGCAACGAGGCUAUAACCAUUCCAGAAAAUGCCCACAUCACCCAGAAGGGGCACAGUUACUUAUCCUUGGGAGGGAAGAGAGGAACCUUGUGGAGGGACUUCAGUCACAUCAGUGUAGAACUCAGUGUCCUUGGAAGGGAAGAGACGAGGCUUUGGUGGGGAACGGCUACAUUUGCACUAUCUGGUCACACACUGAACAUGACUGAGGCGUGA